UAUGAUAUGUACAACAUUUCUGGAUUUCCCUCCCUCCCUCCCACCUACAGUCCCACUCCUUCACCACACGAUUUCUGGAUUUCCAUCGUUUUUUCUCAUCAUUCCAAUCUUGAUCCUUAGACAGCUGAUGCGAUUUAUCUCAUUUCACAUCAAGCCCUAGUAAUUUUUCCUUGUUUGUCAUUUUCAUACAAACCCCAUUUAACAAACUUCCUUCUUGACCUAAAAGCUUUUCACUAUAUUAUAUACUUUAUUAUGAGUUUUCUUGUUUCACUUUCCUUGUACCCAUUUUGGUUUAUACCAGCAUCAGUAACACAUAUACUUGUUUGAUUAUUCACUGGAUGAUUAGCACCCAAUCUGGUUGUCUGGGCAUCAAGUUUAGUUUUCUCCGAUAUUGACACGCCCCAAGAAUUCCCCUUGUUUUAAUCAAGAUUCUAUUGGAGUAAUGGAUUUGAAUCUGAUUGAUGCAAAAUCAGUUUUUGUGUCAAAUUUGAUUGGUCCAAAAGGGAUUUUGUCUUUCUCCACCUCCAACUUCAUGUCCAGUUCUCUUAAGGUUUCUCCCCUCCUCUGUUCUUACAAAGGUAAGGCUGCUUGUUUGAGUAGUUCAGAAGGUGCUAUUACUCUGGUUGGACAAGAAAAAUAUGGCGUUGAAACUUAUUCAUAUAGAUUUGAUGGUGCAAAUGGCAGAAACCCUAGUAUUUUCUUCAGGGAAAAACGAGUUCUUGAUGGAUUUAAUGAUGAGUAUGGUGGAGUCGUUGUAAAUCCAGAAAAACUACCAUUUAACACUAAUGUCUUUGCCUCUACCCUUCGUUCAUCUCUUUCAAUUUGGAGGAGAGAGGGUAAAAAAGGGAUUUGGCUAAAGUUGCCACUAGAAAAAUGUGAUCUUGUUCCUAUAGCAGUAAGGGAAGGGUUUCAGUAUCAUCAUGCAGAAGCAGGAUACGUUAUGAUGACAUAUUGGAUUCCUAAAUCUAAUGAACCAUGUAUGCUGCCCGCCAAUGCUUCCCAUCAAGUAGGAGUUGGGGGUUUCGUGAUGAACCACAAAAAUGAGGUUCUUGUGGUUCAAGAAAAACAUUGUGCGCCUGACCUUGUUGGCCUUUGGAAGCUACCAACUGGGUUCAUUCUUGAGUCGGAGGAGAUUUUCACCGGAGCUGUAAGAGAAGUGAAGGAGGAAACCGGGAUAUCAACUGAAUUUUUGGAAGUUAUUGCGUUCAGGCAUGCACACAAUGUCGCUUUUGAAAAAUCAGAUUUAUUUUUCAUCUGUAUGCUGAGACCGAUUUCAACGGAGAUCAAGAUUGAUGACCUUGAAGUUCAAGCAGCCAAGUGGAUGCCGUUGAUGGAGUUUGUAGAGCAACCAUUAAUCAAAGGUGACAACAUGUUCAAGAAAAUCAUUGACAUGUGCAUUGCUAGGAUUGGGAAGCGCUACUGUGGGUUAUCUGUUCAUAAAGUCGUCUCCAAGUUUGACAACAGACUUUCUUCUUUGUAUUAUAACGUUGUUGAUCAUCAAACUCAUGGUUGCUCCGAUGAUUAUUGCUCCACUCCUAUACUUGAACAACAAAUCAACUAGUGGGAGCGUUGUUUGUUUUCAAGUCUUCCCCUACCUUCAACUUUGAUUUCUAUGUUGUAUCUAUCUCUACUUAUUUUGUUAAACAAAUGUUGUAACUAGAUGUGACAUGUAUAUAAAGUCAUAACUGUAUAGAUUAUUAUUAUUAUUAAAAUUCAGAUGGGUUACAUCCUUAGCUUA